GAGCAUGACAUCGCUGGCCAACGCCAUUGCUUCCCAGCAGUCUGAGUGGGUCUCCUUCAGUGAUGGGCUGCUCCUCCCAGUUACCUCUCAGGGCCAUCCUGUGGAACCUCUUGAGCAAUUUCUCUCCUCGUCUGAUACAUCCUCUGAAGGCAUUCAAAACCUGGAUGGAGAAUUUCAGCCUGUUGCCCAAACUGAGUUGAGAGAUGCAAUGGGCAAAGCAACUGCAGACUUUGCAUCAAAAUGUUUGCUUGAAAAUCAUCAGUCUCCAAAACUUGAUUUAUCUUCAUCCUUCAGCACCUGGGUCCAGUUUGAAGAUGCCCCCUGGACCAGCACUUCACCAGAGCACACAGCUGGCUGGACAUGCCCCUCCUCAGGGUCUUCUCAGAGACGGCCUGUUGCCUCAGACAGCAGUUGGACAACGUCUGAGAAUACCAGCAGCCCAAGUAUCACCCCUUCCUAUACAGAUCUACAGUCUAUAAAUACGGAGGACCUGACCAGUGGCGGAGUGUCUGCUGCAGAUUUGACUGACAAUUCCUCAUCCCUUCCAGAAGAUGAAGAGCUAGGAAUGGAGGCUUCCAGCUGGCAGCUGAAUGGCACAUCCUUUAAUAGCUGCAGCGAAAACCUAACCCCAGCUCGUUUCCCUAGCUGGGUGACUUUUGAUGACAAUGAAGUCAACUGUAUUUCUCCACAGACUUUAUCCCCUGCAAAAGCAGACAUCCCACCAGCAGUGACUCUGCCACUUGCAGUAACAGCAGCAACAGCAGCAGCACAGGCCCCAGAUAGAAACUCCAUCCUCCUCUCAUCAUCUUUUAAAAAGAGAGAACGUCCCAAAAGCACACUAGGUGACCUCUCCAAAGUUCAGAAACUAGACCUUUCCUCUAUAACCAGGUUGCCUUCUGUUGGUGGUACACCCCCCUGGAGUGCUACUAACCCUUUCCUUGAUGAAUCUUUGAGGGAUGUUCAACCUUCCCCAAUCAACCCAUUCAGCUCAUUUUUUGAGGAACGGGACAGGCGCUCCCAUUCUAGCUCUAUCUCUGGCACCUCUGGUAAAAACCAGCGAGAUUCCCUCAUUGUCCUCCAUCAGCAGCCUGACACCAUCAGCUUCAAUGAUUCAAGUAAACACUUAAAGCACAGAGAUGCUGUUGAUCAACUCAAACAACUCCAGAUUGGGGAUCCAGAUGAGCUGAGCAGUUCUGCUCUGCCUGACGAUGACCCCACAUUGCCGUCUGAGCUGGACGGCACUCUGUCCAGCUUGGGGCUACCUCAGCCGAAGGACGGCUGGCCAAUGAUGCUGAGGAUACCAGAGAAGAAGAACAUCAUGUCUUCUAGACACUGGGGGCCAAUUUAUGUGAAGCUGACUGAGAGUGGGUAUUUGCAGCUCUUUUAUGAGAAGGGACUGGAGAAGCCCUUCAAGGAAUUCAAGCUUGAUAUCAACCAUGAGAUUUCAGAACCCAGGCUCCAGAACUAUGAUGAGAAUGGCAGGAUACACAGUGUGAGGAUAGACCGUACCACCUAUAAGGAGAAAAAGAAGUACCAGCCAAAGCCAGCUGUUACCCACACAGCAGAAAGGGAACAGGUUAUAAAGCUUGGCACCACUAGUUACGAAGAUUUCCUCAGCUUCAUCAGGGCAGUCCAGGAUACACUAAUGGAUCUACCCACCUCAUCGACAGAUCUGAGUACGGUGGGAUUAAACUACCAAGAAGAGGAAAUCACUGUGGAUGUAAAAGAUGAGUUCUAUGGCAUCUUGGCCAAAGAGGACAACAGGAUUUUGCAGCACAAUGUGUUGACGCGAGUGCACAUUCUCACUUUCCUGUCUGGCUUGGCAGAAUGCAGGCUAGGUCUCAAUGACAUCCUGGUCAAAGGGAACGAAAUUGUCUCACGGCAGGAUAUCAUGCCCACCACCACCACCAAGUGGAUUAAGUUGUAUGACUGCCACUUCCACGCCUGUGUGGAUGAGGAGAUGUUCACCAACACCCGUGUCAUUUUGUUUAACCCCUUGGAUGCCUGCCGGUUUGAACUGAUGCGCUUUAGGAGUCCGUUUCUGGAGAAGACAUUGCCUUUCACCUUGAAGAUUGCAGCCAGCAUCAAUGGGGCUGAGGUGGAACUCCAGAGCUGGCUGAUGAUGUCUCCAGGAUUCUCCUCCAACCGAGACCCUCUAACUCAGGUUCCCUGUGAAAAUGUGAUGAUUCGCUAUCCAGUGCCGCAGGAGUGGGUGAAGAAUUUCCGUAGAGAAAGUGUCCUUGGGGAGAAGUCUUUGAAAGCAAAAGUGAAUAAAUGUGCCAGCUUUGGAUCAACCAGUGUUUCUGGUUCAGAGCCAGUAAUGAGAGUAACACUAGGAACUGCCAAAUAUGAACAUGCCUUUAAUUCCAUCGUAUGGAGGAUAAAUCGACUGCCUGACAAAAACUCUGGUACUGGUCAUCCUCACUGCUUCUUCUGCCACCUAGAGCUUGGCUCUGACCGGGAAGUGCCUUCCAAUUUUGUCCGCUAUGCGGAUGUGGAGUAUGACAUGCCAACCACUUCAGCAUCCAAGGCCGCCAUUCGUUCCAUCUCUGUGGAAGGCAAGACAGAUGUCAGGAAGUGGGUCAACUAUUCAGCACACUACAGUUACAAGGUGGAAAUAGAGCAGAAAAAGAGCUUAAAUCCUGAUGUGAUGGGAGAUGAAACUGGUAACGCCAAGGAAUGUACUGUACACUGAAGGAAAAGUCCACCAUCUGUGUUUAGAUCAGUAAAAUCUACAGGACUUGUGGAAGAGAAAAUACAGAAUCUCCUUCCUGCUGCUGGAAGAACAGGGAAAUACUCGGAGUGUCUAAGUCUCUUUGCCUACUAUAACCUUAUUUAGAGUGGAAGCUCUUUUAAAAUUUGUUUACAAUACCCUGGUGACUUUGAUGGAAGCUCACUUAAGUGUCUAGAGACUUAACAUUCAUUUAAGCCUGCCUUCAUCUGUACUGCUAAUCUUCCCACAGUGAAUGAGAUAAUGGUGUUACUACGACUCAAACAAAAGGUGUACUCCAACAGUAUCUUGACAUUUCUUUGAAAACUGGCCAUUCGUCCUUGAAAAAAGCUCUUCUGCAGCAGCACUGAGGAAGAUGGAGGCAUAGGAGAUAAACUUUUCAUUAUGAGAUGUUCACAUGAUAGGAAAAAGCUUACUGUGCUAUGACAGCCUUCCCUCUCAGCUAAUAUGAGCUACUGAGAAUAGACAGGAUCUCUGAGAAUUUCAGCAAGUAAACAAUGACUGAAUGGACAAUAAGUGAGUUUCCCUACACCUAAGAUGGAACUUUUAAAUAUCUCACAUUUUCUUUGGGUUUUGGUGGGUCAUCAGAAAGCUACCUGUAGUCACUUAGAUGGAUCUCAAGGGUUAUUCUUUAAACUUGAUAUACUUUUAGCUGCCAGUAGAGGGGAACUUGAAUGAUGUUUGAUCAUUCCUGUCUGGGAAGGUACUUGGAGGAAACAGGUUUUAUUUGAAAUUUUUCCUUUGAUGAUUUCAGAGGAUUGGUUAUGGCUUCAGGUGAGUAGCCAUGUUGGUCUGCAGGAGAACAGGAAGAUUUGAAUACAGUGGCACCUUAGAGACCAAUAAGAUUUUCAGGCAAUAAGCUCUGUCAGAACUUUAACUCUCAAAAGCUUAUACCCGGAAAAUCUUGUUGGUCUUCAAAUUGCCAUUGGACUCAAAUCUUGCUGAUUAUGGCUUGUUAACCACAUCAGUGUUUUAUAGACAGAUUACACCUUGUGUCCUUGAUACUUUGGCAGGUAUGAUGGAAAGAAAAUGUUCAGGAUGGGGGGAGGUGUUGGAAGUUCUGAGAAGGCUACUUUCAUGUUCUAUUCAAACACUGCGACUUAUUUUAAUAAGGUGGUUCCACACUCCAGCCUUUUUUGUACUGCUUAGUUGAUCCUUUUUCACAUUUAAAUAUAAGCAGAACUGAAACUGUUCCACACAGCACUUAGUGAAGCAUUACAUAAUUCAAAUCCAUCCCUGAAGAAAACACUAGUUAAGUUAGACUUCAGCAAAAAGUCCCUUGUUUGCCUCAAAAUUUCCCUUUCAUUCCUAUGUUUUCAGACUAAUUAAUCAUGUUUCUCAGAACUUGCCAGUUCUCUCCCACCCAUAAUGAACCGAAGGUUAAUUAUCAGUUUUUCGUCACCUGCAAGGGUGGGAAAUUAAGUAUAGUUUUUUUCUUUAGUGUAAGUCACAGCUCAUACUUUAAAAAAAAAAUUGUUCAGGACUGUAAAUGUGCAGUUACAGAAUUUUAAAAGAACUGUGGCUAUGACAAACUACAAAAGAGUAUACAAGUCUUUCCGCAAGGGACCAGGAGCAGAUAAUUUACAAUCAGUUCAUGAAUGCAAAAAGAACUAGGCAGAAGGAGAAGGAAGGACUGAAAAUUUUAAAGCACUGGAGCUCUGGGGAGUUUCAAUUGCCCUGACUGUUCACAUGGGACAGCCUAGUAUUGAAGACAUCUUUUAAGUUUUGGAAACUCACCACAAACCACUCUGGAAAAAAAAACAGAAAAUGAAUAUGGAAAAUAAAUACUGGAAUGGAAAGGGGUUAACUGGAUGGUCCAUAAAAACUGAGUAAAUAAAUGGUGGUAAUUGCAGACUUGGGGAUUAAUGUGGAACCAGCCUUAGAAAGACUGCAGUGUGUUAAAUGUGUAUGCUACCAACAUGAGUGGGCACAGAAAGAAUCUAUUGCAUUCAAGGCUCUUUAAUUCCCUCGGUGCAUAGUUGCCGCACUACCGUGCAGACAUUAACAGCCUGAGAAUCUCAAUUUUCGGGAUAUUUUUUAAAUCCAAAUUUCUAGCUCAUAUGGCUGUGAAGCUAAUUUGGGCAUACUUGAGCAAUCAUCUAUUUAGUAACUUUAUUUCAGACAGGACACUAGUCAAUUAGAGUGAGGCUAUAAACCCAGCAAAGCUUUGGUGCUCCUUGCCCCCCCCUAGAAAAAGAAGCAGCAAAUCAGAUUGGUUUGCAUUGUUGAUUCAUAAUAUGGCUUUUUGUAGUGCAGAAAUGAGUUACCUUUGAAUGGAUUCUGGAAUUUUCUCUGUGUGUACUUUUCCCGUAUCUCAACAAGCAUCUCCGUCAGAGACAUCAUUAUUCAGUACCUUUUACCCAAAUACCAAAGAGAAAUGUUAAUAUUUAACUAUAACAUUUUCUCAUUUUUCAUUCAUUUUUAAAAUACUGAGGUUCUUAUUAACAAAUCAGUUAAUACCAGUUGGGUAGAACUGUCAGCUGACUUUGUUCUGGUUUUUUUUUUCACGUCUAUCUAGGGUUAUGAGCUCCAGGUUGAGAUAUUUCUGGAGAUUUUGUGGGUGGAGCCUGGGGAGGGCAGAGUUUGGGAAACUGAGGGACCUCAAUGGAGUAUAAUCUCAUAGAGUCCAUCUUCCAAAACAACCGUUUUCUACAGUUGAACUGAUCUCUGUCACCUGGAGAUCAGUUGUAAUUCUAGGAUAUCUCCAGCCACCACCUGGAGUUUGGCAACCCUUGUGGAUCAGGAAAAACAGAAUUUUUUUACUAUGCAAAAGCCAGAAACACAUUAUUGAGAAACUAUGCUCUUGCACUUUCAGUACACACUUUGUGUAAACUGCCAGGCUGCAGAACAGAGGAACAAGCCUGCUUGGGAAUUUGCUAUACAUGUUCUAGUCCUCUGUGAAUUUGUGCAGGUCAUCAGUAUGACCUUGGUCUCCUGAGAAACACCCUUUGUUUGUUGUCUGUCCACACUGAGAACCAGUGCGAGCUGAAACACAAUCCCUGUCUACAAUUGUCCUUUUAAGAUGUUUUAAGGAGGCAGAAUAGGACAGCAGAAGCAAGAUUUGCCCUGACUUAUGCAUGUUCAUUGGUGCACACAUAUAUACAGGCUACACAUCUGUACACAUAUAUUAAUAUCUUCAUACACUGAAGAACCUUGCUUGUUUCCGGUUUUUGGAUCUUACAGAGAAAGCCCUUGUGUGCAUGCACCAAUAAGUACAAAGGCCCUACAAAUGUGUUACAGUGAACACGUGGAGGAUGCUGAGGGGCAGAGUUUGUCACAGCAAUCCCCCCACCCCCACCCCGGAUCCCCAUCACUGACUUGGAAAUGCUCCACAUAGAUAUCAUUUGUGCAGACCCUAAAAUGCCUGUAAAUUUAAUAGAAUAUUUGAGAUGUGAUGGCAAACAGUUGUCUUGCAGAACUAUCUUCAAGGGUGCAACCUACACUACAGAUCAUGCAUGCAAAAUGGGCUUCGGUUCAUGGUGUGCAUGUUUACUCUGCAUAGCAUUUCCCACACUGGAGACUCCUAGCAACUUUAAUCAAUGGGCCAAUAAAGACAACUCUUUCACAAGUCACUUAAGAAUGUGGACGGGCGACGAACCUGUUCGGAUUUUACUGGGCUUCGAUCCUGCCUCUAGUUUAGGUUGCUGAAAUCUCAUUGACUUCAGUAUGAUUUUAAUAUCCUGUGCCCAGGAUGACAGCCUUGCUCUGCAAUGGAAACCUCCCUGGGCCCUAAUGAAAAACAUCUCUAGAAACAAAGAUGAGUCUUCUACACUGUAUAAGGGAUUGCAGCCAAAGUGAAAUUCAAACAAUUGUCCCUGGUAUUUAAAAAUAACAGGCAGUUUUUGCAGACUUUGGGGAUAAUCCGAGCAAAUUGAACCAUUUAUAAACCCUAUUACUUUGGUGGGAGAUUUACAAUCCAAUCCUAUACAUGUUUACUCAGAAUUGUGUGUGGGGGGGGUGCACACGUGCGUGUGCGCAUGCACAUGAGAGAAAAAGAGUAUGAAUUUGCUUAUAACUCUCCCAUUAACAUCAACAGGACAAAGUACUUAACUUUGGCUGGAUUCUGCUCUUUGUAUGCCUGUAGGAAUUUGUUGUAAUUUGGGAGUUGCAGCUGCUGGCUGGUUUUCUGUUUUGCGUUCCUCUCUGCAUUAAGCCCUAAUGAAAUUCUAAACAGGAUCAUGGUGGAGAUGCACUUACAAUAUUAAACUAUUUGGAGUGCGGGGAUAUAAUAGGGGAAUUGCAUUGAUGUAUAGGUCUUGCUGGGAAAGGUGGAAAGCAAAUUGUAGAGAACAGAUCCCUGUCAUGCCUCUUUCCUCCUCUCACUGGUCUCACUCUGCUUGUCAAGGUGGGGAAAUGGAGCCUAUAUAUAUCAACAAAGCUGCCUUCGGCUGAUCAAGCCCACCGCUUGAUCUGGAGCUACCAAGGGCCCUGAUUACCAGUGGAAUGAGCAAAGGUCUUUUUCCAUUCUUCUCCCUGAGCUCUUUUUAACAGGAGAUGCUAGAGAUCAAAUCCAUGCCUCUGUCGCUGAGCCAUUUGCAAAGUACGUUUCCUUUCCUAAUACCACAGGGUCAUAAUCCUCAAAGGAUUAAUACCAAAGUAUAAUCCUAUGCAGAUUCCAUUUGGUUUAGGCUGAUUUCAAUAGGCUUAGGUUGGAGUAAGCCUGCAUAGAAUUACACUGUAAGUAGGUUGACUCUGUCUGAUUUCAAGAGUCACUUGUAUGUGUGUGGAGUCUUCUUUUAAAAAGUUGUAAUAGUGGGGUGGGAGAUGCAGCAAGGGGAACUGAAUCCAGGCUCCCCCACCACUUACCUUCCAGCAACCGUAGAAAAGAGCAAACAUCCAGUAGCACCUAUAAGACUAACAACAUUUGUGGUAGGGUAUGAGCUUUCAUAAGUUGAGAACUCACUUCUUCACUUACAGCAAUUGUUAGUACUAUCAGUGUUUCUAAAGAUGUCUCAGAGUGCAGCCCAAGCAGCCAGACCCUGCAGAGAAAAUUCAUGUAUAGCAAAAUCACCUGAAAAGAAUUACCUCUGACAGAGCAGUUCCUUAUCCAGACAGAGAUACAUGUACACAUAGGCUUGAAUCCAUCCACUGGGAACAGGAUUUCAGGUAGCAUUUCAGGCUACUGUGGGAGGUAAGAAAGUCACAGUCCACAUGCUGAAAUCCUCGCACCCAUGGAAAAUCUUAUGUUUUAACAGCUACCUCCAAAAAAGAUACAAAUGUUUUGCAGCUUUGGGGCUGCCCCUCUACUGAUAUCAUGCACUCAGAAUACAUUCAAAAGGCCCCUUUUCAGCAAACUUUAGGGAAUGCAAUCAUCAGCAAGGGAAACAGGGAAGAGGAUUAUGUCUUAGGUAAGUGAAGCCCAAGCUCUUAGCACUUGAAGGUUUAAGAUGAGCACUUUUUGAAGUGUGUCCAAAAGAUAACUCCAUUCAGGCUCUAGUGCUUCCCUAAUGUAAUUCUAAGCAACCAGCUCCAUAAAGGGCACACCCAUAGUAGAAUGCACUACAGUUGUUUUUCCCUUGUGAUUACAAGGGCAAAACAAAACAAGUCAUGGGUUUUAAUUCAGAAUGAAAGAACCUGGAGCCAUUGUAAAUCAAAAUGCAUGAAAUGGAUGAAUGAAAAGGAACCAAGUAGGUCAGCAUGAGGUGUGGCAUCAUUACUGACUGUUAUUUCCAUCUGUCUUGCGUGGAGUCACCUUUCAUUGACAUGAGGACCAUACCCAGUCCUCUGUUCCAGAGCACUGGCAAACUGAAAAGAACCGUGCUGGAUCCUGUGAAUCUGUUUUGUCAGCAGAAUAUUUCCUUUAAAGAAAGGAGCCUUCUGUCAAAAAAAAAAAGAAAGACCUCUUGGCCUGAACCUCCCAUUUACCACCUCCACUCGAGAUAGGCCAGAAGGGGCAAAAAUUUGGUUUUGCGCCAAAUGCCGGAAACAUUGUUCCUGCCCCCAUUUUUUUUCUAGGUUACCAGCUACUAGUAAAAUGGACCCACAGGACCCAGCCCACCAUUAGGUUCUGAUCAUUGUUUAUAGACAAAAUAACUUCAUGGUGUUGCUAGCUGUGGGGGCACUGAUGGAGUCCCUUGUUAAUUUAUUGCGGAAGCAAUUGCUCUCUCUUACUGUUUCACUUCAAGCAGCCUUAAAGCCUUGUGGGAUGAACAUGUGUUGUUUUCAGCCUGUUUUUUCACUGCCUCCAUCCAGACAGACAGCCCAUAACCUCUUGCACUAUUGUGAUUGAAUGUUUUUUACAUAUUUUGUAACUGGUUUCUACCUUUUUGAUGUAUUAUGAGAGAGUCGACACACUGGCUGAAACUUUAGGCAUUUGUUGUGAGCCCCCCCCCCUUGCAGCUUCUCACUGAAAUGUUGUUUUGGUUUUGAACUGUGGGAGAAACUGUUGAAUAAAUGCAAAUGAACUUCUACCUUCA